UCGAUGGCCAGGCCCGGCCUUUAUAUACCCCCCCAACCCUUGGAACUGCCCCUUCACCCCCGGCCGCUCGCUCCAAAUCUCUUUUCCCAGCGCCGAACCGGCGGCGACGCCGAGAGAGGAGGAACCCCCCAUCCACCCUCUUUGGGAUCCGUCGAGGAAAGAUGGCGCUUCCGAGCCAACAGACGGUGGAUUACCCUAGCUUCAAGCUCGUGAUCGUUGGGGACGGUGGGACAGGGAAGACUACCUUCGUCAAGAGACAUCUCACGGGGGAAUUUGAGAAGAAAUAUGAACCUACCAUUGGUGUCGAAGUCCAUCCCUUGGAUUUCCACACCAACUGUGGAAAGGUCCGGUUCUACUGCUGGGAUACUGCGGGACAGGAGAAGUUUGGUGGGCUUAGGGAUGGAUAUUACAUCCAUGGCCAGUGUGCGAUUAUCAUGUUCGAUGUCACUGCAAGGCUUACAUACAAAAAUGUCCCCACAUGGCAUAGGGACCUUUGCCGGGUUUGCGAGAAUAUUCCCAUUGUCCUUUGCGGAAACAAGGUUGAUGUAAAGAACAGGCAGGUGAAAGCAAAGAUGGUUACAUUUCACAGGAAGAAGAAUCUCCAGUACUAUGAAAUUUCUGCUAAGAGCAAUUACAAUUUUGAGAAGCCUUUUCUGUAUCUGGCUAGAAAGCUCGCAGGGGAUCCAAGCCUUCAUUUUGUUGAGUCACCGGCUCUGGCUCCUCCUGAAGUUCAUAUCGACCUUGCUGCACAACAACAGUAUGAAGCUGAGAUAGCAGCUGCAGCAGCACAGCCCCUUCCAGAUGACGAUGAUGAUGCUUUUGAUUAAGUGGGGGCUCCAGCUGCUGGGGGAAUGUCUUUGCUGCUUCAUGAUCCUCAAACUUCUUGAAGAACAACCAAUUGGGUUCUGCUCUUGUAUGUCUAAUUCCCGGCAUAGCUGGUGAUUAGGUUUGAGUCCUUGAGCAAUCAUUGUCAGGACUGCUUCUAGAUAUUUGCUAGGUGUCCUAUUUUGUUUGCAAAAUUUUCUUGUGAUUGUGUCACUCUAAUCUCAGAAGUGGUUGGAAGUAUUGAUUUCCAUGUUAUUCUCAUAUCCUGAUUCUUGCAUAUAAUUAUUGAUGAGAACGAUUUCUGGUAUC